AUGAAUCAAGAAACGAGUAACAAACCAAAUCAAAAACGGUCUUUAAAAGCUUUUGAAUCUUCACUGAUCAAUGAUGUCAAUAUCAGUACUUCAACAAAAAAGAAAAAAUUAGCACCAUCUACAACUCCAAUUUCAUUACCAAACUUAAGUCCAGAAUUUGCCAAAUUUAUUAAAACAGAAUUUAAAAAGAACUCCAAUUACUACAAAACUAAGAUUAUUUCGACUUUUGUUGAGAGCAAAACUCCAAAUUAUUACAAUGUUGCAGUUAAGUACAGAAAUCAUUUACAAGAAACUAAUUCUGGACAAGACUAUGUCGACUUAUUCAAUGAUAUUUUCAACCAGCAAUUGUACCAAGUAGAUCAGAUUCCGAUAAACAUUUUAUCAUAUAUAAUUUUUAAUCAGUUCAUUCACUUUAUUGGAAAUUCCAACUCUUCCAACUUUCAACACUAUUGGAAAGACUUUACUAUGCCUGGCUUAGCAGAUAAGGAUAUUAUUGAAAUGAAAGAUGUUUUAGAAUCAUUUAAGCUUAUAAAUUCGGAUGCAACACUGAAUCAAUUGAGAGAAAUGUCCCCAGAGUCUUUAUUCAAGUUUGCCAUUUUAUCUCAUCAGUUAGUCUAUACCCAUUCAUUCAAUAAGAAACUUGUUAAUGCUGUGAAUGAACAAGGAAAUGAAAAUACAAAUUGGAAUUCCAUCUCAAAUGUUUUUGAAAAUAAAAUAGCACCAAUUGUAAUCAAAAAUCAUUUUGAAGACUUAAAUAAUUCAAAAUUAGUUAUCAAAGAUGGAGCAAGAUAUGCUUAUGAUGAAAAGUGUAUGGUUAAAAAUACUGGUGAUAGAUAUGGUGAUAUUUAUGAAGAUGAUGUUCAAGAAUUGAAAAUCCCACAAAAAGAAUUCAAUCCAAUUGGUGUUUAUAUGAAAGAAGAUGUUUAUGAUUACUCAAAAGAAUUAUUUGAAAAGGGUCAUUACCUAAUUGUCAUGAGACGUAGUACCAAAAAAUACUGGAGCAAAUUAUCAGAAGAGUUCGAUAUUCUUAAAGAUACAUUAGUUGGAUUGCACAAAGAAGAUCGCUCCAAAUUAAUUUGUUUGGUUACUAACGAGUAA